GAGAAGACAAGAACACAAGCGAAUCUAAUUCAAUGGUUGGACAUCAAUCUUCACUCUUCAGCCUUGACCUUACUAAAAUGGUUAAUAUGUGGGACAAUGAAGGUGAUGAUGAGGUUAAUUCUAUUGGACAAAGCCCACCAAUGGAGACAGUUGAAGGAUAUCAAGUGAAGCCAGAAUAUGUGCCCAUAUUAAGAAAAGUUUUCACCAAGUACGGAGAUGUUUUCAAGAAUAGUUUGGUAUCAACAAUGACAUUCCGUUCAAUGUUAUUGGAAAUGAUAUGUCACAUGAUUUCAGACUUGCUAGACAAGAAUCUUGAUAGAAUCUCUGAAAAUGAGCUGCAUAAUAUGAUUGCACUUGCAAAUGAAAUAAAAAAUAUGAAAGUGAACAUUGAGUGGCUUCAUAUCAGACUAGAAGAGAUACUUGAGGCAAGACAAAAUCUUAAACAAUCUGGCAAGCUGAAAGAGAAAAAAGAUAGCAAUAAAAAGGUCAUUGAAACUGUCAAGAGGGAAUUGGAAGAAUGUGAAGCAAAAAAGAAGGCACUGACAGCAAUGUUGCAAUCAAUAUGUGAUAAAGAGACUGCUUGCAAGGAAACACUGGCUAUAGCUGAGGAUGAGUCCAUAAAGAUAGAUGAAACUGUCACAUAUGCUAAAACUAAAGUGAGACGCUUUUUUAAGUGCUCUCUAGUAGAUGGUUUGCUUUAGUUUUGCAAUUUAUCCAUCCCCUCUUUGCUUUCUCCAUGUUAGUGAUUUUAGGAUGGUUCAAGGAGUUAUAUCUUUUAGGGAGGUUUUUAGUUGAUUGUGUUACUCAUUGUUUAAACUUGUACUAAAACUGCUAGUUUCGAUUUAUAUAGCUAUGUGGUAUUUCUAGUGAUGGGAUGCAAAUAUACAGCUUCGUUGUGCUGAUCUUUUUCUUUU